GGCUGUUAUAAAGCACGUCAGUCAACCCGCCACUUUGAUUUUCUUCGGUUUAGCUAUAUGAUAUUGUCCAGAUAAGCAGUAUGCACUGGGAGAAAUCGCCGUCGUCAGGACUGGCCAGGUCCAGACCGUACCAAGGUGUGCGAGUCAGAGACCCAGUUAAGGAGCUGCUGAGGAGGAAGAGGAGCCUGGAGCCACACAGCACCAAGAUGGCGCCCCCUACUGCGGAUGUAGUUGCACACAACAACCAAUCAUUGUACACACAAGGCAUCUUUGGUUCUGAUGUUUCUGGCGGCUCCCCAGCUGAGCUGUCGGCGGCAGUCAGUGAUGGAGGGCUGCAGUGCACAGGAUGGAAAGCUGCCCCUCCAGCCACCAGCACUGGCCUGCAGCCUGCCGUAACGCCUUGGUCUUCAUCUGACUACAACCAGCAGGACCGUUCGGCUCAGACUCUGGCCUACUCAGCCACCCCCACCCUCACUGCUGAUGUGUACAUGCAGACUCUGUGUCCCAGCUACACCAUGCUGACCUACACACAUGCGCCACUCCUCACUAACUUUGGGACCAUACCUAUGGCCUCAGCACCAGGCUCCCUCCCUCAGAUGGAGCUCCCAGACUCAGGGUUGACAUACCUCCCCUGGGCCCAGCCCAUCACCACCAUAUCUACCAUGCCCAACCCUGGGGUCCAGUUUGCCCCCGGCUCCGCAGCCCUGCCCGGGCCACCUCUGGUCCACAUGCCCUUGUCCAUGUCUUUGACCACCAUGAUGCCUCAGCUAGAGGCUCAGGGCAUAGAUCCUCAGUCACAGAUACUGGACCUCCCGCACAGUUCAGACCACCAGCUGGACCCUGAGCCCCAAGGUCAGUCUCUGGAUGAAGAUCCAGAGGUAGAGUCAGAAUCACCAAGCCUCCUGGAUAAACUUCUGGAGGAUCAAAAGGAUGAUGGCGGUGAGCGGGACAAAGACUCGUACAGCAGCUCGCUCUUUAUUCCAGAUGUCUGAGAGUGUUCUUCCAUUCUCUCUGUUUCUCAGGGGCCACCAUUAAAGGAUAAUUUGGGUUUAUCACAACUUGAGUCUUCAUUUUAGCUGUUUACCUACUUUCUGUUCAUUGUGAUAGCGCUGUACUCUCCAGGAUAAAUGCUGAGGUUGAUGCUGGAUAAAUAACAGUUGAGAACCGGUUCUCGAUUCCCAAAACAAUGAUGUCAAACACACUGCUGCAACUGAGUCAUGGUGGAGAGGAAGAAAUGGUCCAAAACAUGGCUUCCUCAUCACAAAGACAAAUGACAACAGUGCUAGUUGUAAUUAUCAUUUCAAGUAAAGGUGGAACACCUUCUGAAAACCUGUGUAGGCCUACUUUUUUCACACAUAAAACUGAUCAGGAGAAUUGGACCAAUAAGCAGAAUUGAUAAUGGCAUUGGUAUCAAUAAAAUCUUAUAACUUCCAUCCUUGGAGACGAUUUUGUGGCAAUUUUAACAAUUACACCUUUGUAUAGUAAUAUGCACCACGUAAUUCUGAAUCUUGAGACCUUGUCUUGUUUAGCGACCGUAAAUAAAUUUAGUAAACCUACUCAAUCUCAAUGAUUAUAACUUCUUCAGUGAAGACAUAUCUUAUAUUUUUACUAGAGAGAAGUACACCAUUAUCUGUAUCUGUAUUUUUUUAGUCGACUCGUAAUUGUAUAUGUACUCGGAAUGGGUGGGCCUUAAAACAGAUGGGGAUGGCUCUUCAACUGAAACUGGGUGGGACUAACUGAAAGUUGUUAAUUUAAACUUGAAAUUGAGAUUAACACAACGUCCUCAGAAUUGAGCAUGAGAGCAAUGUUCUUGAUCACAGGAGUAAAAGAACUGUUUACAGAAUAAGUUUAUUUGAAUAAAAGUUAUAUUUAUUGGUACGUAAUUAAUUACCUACCUAAAUUAGUACCUAAUUAUUACACCCUAUAUUAUAAUUUAUUAUCUUCACAGCAACCCCCACAUAUGGGCGCCCACCUAAGACCUAAGUUGUAAUAAACCAGAAUUAACUUUAUUGUAAUUAGUUAUUCCUGUUACUUUUACACUUUUCCUUCCACAAUUACAACCACAAUACCUUUUACUGUCAUAAUUUUUUCUGUGCAUUUAAGAUCUAGCAUUUGCAGAAUGCAGUUAAGUAUUAUUUUAUGCUGUUGUGACGUAAUGUACACUUCUACUGCUCUAACUAAUGGGACCUUUUUGGAUGUUUUAAGUGUUUUAAAUGAGUGUGUAAGAUAUUGAUGCUUUGAAUAUAAACCUAUAUUUGA